AUGUCUGCAGAGAGCCCGGGUCAGAGAACUGGCUUUCGAGCCUUCUUUUCUAACGCUUUACGACCAAAAAAGUCACGCCAGGUCCUUCGCAAAGCCAAUCCAUCCACUCCGGAUCUUCGACAGACGGCACUCGCGGAUGCCGGCCAUGACCCUCUCCCAUCGCUCGCGCCUUUGCAGGCCCAUAAGGAAAAGUACAAGCAGAUGCAUGCGCAGGUCGACAGUCAGCUAGGAGAGAACCGCGACUACACUUCGAUCAUUCAUACACUGGGUAUACUAGAUAAUGGGGGAAACGAUAGCAAUGCGCUGGAUGGGGUAAUAGACCAUCGACCGCCAGGGGAGCCUGUGGUUGCGAGUCUAUCCUCAGAGCUCUGGGAUCUUGUGGCCGAGCAUCUCAAUCCCGCGGACGUAGCCAGCCUGGCCUUUGCCAGUAAGACGCUGCGUCUGCGCUUGGGUCCGGGGCCAUGGUUGGCCUUGAGGUAUCCGGAAAACCGGGAAUACCGGAUUGAUUUCCUCGUUCACCAGGAUCGCUAUCUGCCAUAUCACCUCCUUUGCUUCCCGUGUGCAAAGUAUCAUCGUCGCACACGAGUCGGCAGCGAGCGGCUUCAACCUGCGGAUGUGGUCAAUCCUCUGUUCGAUUGCCCGAAUAUCCGCAACCCACAACUUCCGCCACCUCGUCAUCGGAUCACUCACGGUCGUGUACUGCCAUUUACUUUUGUCCAACUCGUCACGCGCGCACGUCGUUUUGCUCCCUUUUAUGGAAUACCCCCUGAGUUCCUCUCCCGUCGCUGGCGCCGGGACGGUUGGCUGCACCAAUCACGCUACCUAAUCGAAAAGGGGAGAUUGUUGAUGAGGGUUGUCAGUCAGUGUUUUGCUCCGCCAGACUUGCCGCCCAGCUCUCAGCGCAUGUUGCUCUAUUCUCGGGAAGAUUACUGGCCGUACUUCUCAGCGUGUGCUCAUUGGCGAGACGGCGAGCUGAUGGAUGUCUGUAAAUGCGCGCUGGGUCACAUUCCCAAGCCUAGAGCGACGGCCGGGUUACAGGGACUGGAACAUCGAGCCAAGGAUAUCUGCGCAGGGCGCUCCUACGAUCCCAACUCGAUUGCCUCUCUCUGUGGAAAAUGUCGCCCCAUGCGACGCUGUCCUGAGUGUCCAACCGAAUACCUGGUCGAGGUUAAACUCACCGAGGACAGAAACAACCCACGAGAUAUUCAUUUCAAGCACGCAAUUACCGUGACCCGAUGGAGUGACUUGGGAGACGGCACCUCGCCAAAAAACCUACAAUGGGCAGCUUGCAACGGCCAACGUGAAUAUGACUCGUUCCAACAAAUCGGGAAGCGUGCAAUUUCCAGCAUUUUCGAGUCUGCGUUUACGGCCGAUACCCUCCCAGGACAACGGAUCAUUUCUAUGAACCCCAAGGGGAAGAAACUUGGUGAAGAAGGAACUGGCUGGUACUAA